UGAUUUGUUUGGCAAAACCUUUGGAUCCAAACAACAUAUAGAUUUUUACCUCCCAUAUCUGUCAAGUACCAGCGACGACAGCCACAGGCCUAGGGCGCCAUCAUCAUUAUGGCUACCACAUGCCCCUUCUCCGGGUAUCGCCAAGUAGAUUCAUUUGGUCCAGAUGAAGAGUAUUCAUCAGACACCGAAGAAUUCUAUGUCACGCUUGAUCUCGGUACUGUCGAGCCAACCCUACUUCCCAGCAGCUCAACCUACAGGCUUGUAGGCUUGGAUACGCCUACGCCAUUCCUGCAGCUUUCUGGUUCCUUCUUCAGGGGUAGGCAUGAUACGCUCCUUGGUUCGGAGCUUUUGUUCACUGAAGGAAAAAAUGAUUCCGAAAGAAAUACGCGAGCUUUGACGCACGUCGGCGUCACUGAACGACGUAUCCGAUUCAAGGAGGUGCAGCUACGACAGAAGACUCGUGAACAAUUGGAAGAGGUUCCUGCUGUCGCGGAAGCCGCUGGUCAUUCACUCGGACGUAUGAUUGGGAGUGUUACAGAGCCCCGAUCUCGAAAACGCAAGAAACGACGUGACAAGGGGAAGGGGAAGGAGACGUCCCCUCAGGAGGAGGGGAGAGACGAUGCGAUGGAUACCACUUAGUUUUGCCAUCAGGUGAUUCGUCCUUAUCAUCUUAUCGUUCUGCAUAUGUCGCGUUCCCCAGUUCCCUAUGAACUACAGCUUGAAAAUUUGGUAGAAAUAUCCAUACUUUACAUAAUUACAAUGUACUUCGGAUAAUUAAUUAGGCAAAGCAACCGGUGAUGGUAUCGUAAGGAGAGCAGGAAGAUGAGACACAUCAUGCUCUGACCUCUCGCAUCUCCGAAUAAAAAGGUCAGAUCCAAAAGUAUACUAUACAACACCAGUGACGGUGUCAUCACAAUAGAUGUGCAGCUCGCAAAUCUGCCUCCGCAUGCUCCUGUUGUGGCGUGGCUGCGAAGGGCGAACC